UGCGCCUCUACAAUCAUGAGUGGUAUCGGCAGUGGCAGGAAGACUAUUACUUUCAAUGUUUUUAUUCAAAAGUCAAGCUUUUUUUCCGGCUGGCCUGUCUUAGGCAGAACUCUUGACAUCCCGGUACAAAAAGAGGAGGCGGCGCAAGAAGGAGCAUUCAGUCCCGUCAGCACGAACCCCCCAAAUCCUACAACUCCCAUCAAGCAUUUCGCCUACUUGGGCUCCCGGUUUCUGAUUGGCCGCCCGCUUCCUCAGCUGCUAGUGGGCGGGGCGAAGAGACCCAGGCAGCCAACCGGCGUUUCCCGACGUGCCUUGCGCCGAGAAGAGAGACGAGGACGUAUCAGCUCGCGAGGCGGCGGAGGUGGCAAAGGGGAUCUGGCCGGAGUGAUGGCGGCUGCCGGGGCGCAGGGCGAGGCCGACGAACUCUUUGAUGUGAGGAACAACUUCUACAUCGGAGCUUCUCAAGCGGCCAUCAACGAGGCGCAGCGAGUCAAGUCUUCCAGUCCUGAAAAAGAGAUGGAGAGAGACAUUUUCCUCUAUCGUGCCUACAUUGCACAGCGAAAAUAUGGAGUGGUGCUAGAUGAGAUCAAGCCCAGCGCGUCUCCAGAACUCCAAGCCGUGUGGAUGUUUGCAGAAUAUCUUUCCAACGAGAGCCAAAGAGAUGCGAUUGUGGCAGAACUGGAUAAGAAGAUGGCCAAGAGCGUGGACGUCACCAACACCACUUUCCUGCUGAUGGCAGCCUCCGUCUACUUCCAUGACCAAAACCCAGACGCAGCGUUGCGCACCUUGCACCAGGGGGACAGCUUGGAGUGCAUGGCGAUGACCAUUCAGAUCCUGCUGAAACUGGACCGCCUCGAUUUGGCUCGGAAGGAGCUGAAGAAGAUGCAAGAGCAAGAUGAAGAUGCAACUCUGACCCAGCUGGCAACAGCGUGGGUCAACCUCACCCUGGGAGGCGAGAAAUUGCAGGAUGCCUACUACAUCUUCCAGGAAAUGUCUGAGAAGUGGUCGCCCACUCUGCUGCUCCUCAACGGCCAGGCCGCCUGCUACAUGGGCCAGGGCAAAUGGGACGAUGCCGAAGGCGUGCUGCAGGAGGCCCUUGACAAGGACAGCAGCCAUCCUGAGACCCUGAUCAACUUUGUCGUCCUCUCGCAACACCUGGGGAAGCCCCCGGAGGUCACCAACCGUUACCUGUCGCAACUGAAAGAUGCCCACAGGCACCACCCCUUCAUAAAGGAGUACCAGGCCAAGGAGAACGACUUUGACCGUCUGGCCUUGCAAUAUGCUCCCUGCGCCUGAGGCUGACAGGACAGGAGAAACUCCAGACCGCAACAUCUUGUGGGGUUGCUGCCUGGGCUGCAUGCAGGGAAUUGGCACCCCUCCCGGUUCAAGCGAACCCAACGCUGGUUCUCCGAAUGUGGGUUAUGACAGAACAACAUGGAAAUCCUUUUGCGUGCAAUGUCUCAAGUGCGUGUUUAGCUCCUGCACAGCACAGAAUAGAGACUUUUAUGUGCAGCACCUUAGUUUAAAACGGUCCAAAUAAAACCUUUGAUUACCCAGCUA